AACAUUGGAUUGCAGUGGGUGCAUAACUAAAGAAAGUAAAAUAGAACAAAAAAAUAAAGAAAUCAGCAAAACAACAGACUGACAAUAAUUGCAUUUUCGUAUGUAUGUACAUGUAAAAAAUAAACACAAAGCGACUGUUCCACCACUAGACAAUGGUGACCACAAAAGAAAUUUCUUUGCAAGAAGGACCUCGACUACUUGAUUUAAAUGACGAUUGCUUGGAAUUAAUACUAAAACGUUUGAAUAUAGUGGAACAAUUUCAGAUUUCCAAAUUACACACUAGAUUCAAAAAUAUAAUUAUAGCACUAUGGAGAAGCAAAUUAAAUCAUGUUUUUAUAUACCCGGAAAUACUUAAAGAUAUUAGUGAUCAGACAUUUAUAGAAUUCAUGUUGGAAGUCUCGGGUUUUAUGAACACUCUUUUUAUGAGGUAUUGCGAUAUACGACUAUUGCGCCUUUUAAGUGAUCAAAUAUUUCCCCAAACACAGUGCUUCAACUGGAUUGGUCUACCUACAAAUGCAGGACGAGGCGAAGAGAAUUUAGAGGAUGCGGGACAAGAAUUACAGUUCAUAGACGAAGAUGUCAAUAUGUUGGUUCGCAUCUUCCCCCAUUUAAAGGUACUUAAAUUAAGAGCCAGCCAAAUAACUGGCAAACACUUGUCACAAUUACGUUCCCUUCGACAGUUGUCACUGGAUGAAUGUCAGUUUUUAGAUUCCGAUAACUUUAGAGAAGUUUUCCAAGAAUUGAAAUUGCGUAAAUUUGACAUAAUGGAAGAUUGUGAUGAAAUCAAUUGCUGUGAUCUAGUAGAGCUGAAAAAAUGUCCCACUUUGGAGCACAUUAAAAUUGCCGACUAUCAUCUGUGUUUCGACACUGAUAUAGUAAACGAUAUACUGCGUAUGCCCAAACUGAAAAAACUUUCGAUAUUGUCUAAAAAUUUUGUCUUUGAUAUUUUGGAGAGAAUAUCCAGAUCGAGAUUGAAACAAAUUGAAGCAUUUAAGUUCAAUGGUGUCCUACAUAACUUUGAUAGAUUUUUUCAGGAAUUAACACAUAUGACGGAGCUAAAAAAGCUAUCGUUCUAUGAGUGCCGUGGUUAUGAUAUAGAAGGUAUACGUGACUACAUGUUAAGUCAGAUAAGUAAACAGUUGCCAAAUUUAGAGGAGAUCCAUUUGUGCUCUUGUGACUUGGAAAGCGAAAAUGGCGUAUUAUGCUUUGUGCAAAAUUGUCGUCAAUUAAGAAUAAUUAAUUUGACAAGUACUCACAAGUGUUUUAAUGUCUCCAUGAUUUGGCGAUGUAUGGAUCUAAUGAAGAAACAAAAGUGGCGAACAACAGACUUGGAACUAUGGUUAAAAGAUACCGAUGUUGAUAAAAAUAUAUUGGAGGAUCCACGUUAUAUGUACAACAAUCGGUUUUUAAAAUUGGAUUUUAAAUCAUUCAUAGUGGAUUCUAAUCCACCUGGCGUAUUAAAAUUUACUUUUACCACAUAGGAUUAUAUUUAUUUUUAUUUAUUACGUAAAUAUUCGCCUAAAUAAAUACACAUAUAGAAUUAAUUUA